AUGCUGAGGAAUCUGUUCUUGCGGCAUAGAACACUACUCUCUUGCAGUUGGAGUAGAGUCUCCCUUUUGAAAAAGUAUCUGUUCACAAUGAAAGUGGAGUCACCAGAAUUUCAGUCUCUUUUCACAGAAGGACUGAAGAACCUGACAGAGUUGUUCAGUAAAGAAAAAUAUGAAUUAAGAAUAGCAGGAGGAGCUGUGCGAGAUUUAUUAAAUGGAACAAAACCACAAGAUGUGGACUUUGCUACCACUGCUACUCCAGCUCAAAUGAAGGAGAUGUUCCAGGCUGCUGGGAUUCGUCUGAUCAAUAAUAAAGGAGAAAAACAUGGAACUAUUACUGCCAGACUUCAUGAAGAAAAUUUUGAGAUCACUACAUUAAGGAUUGAUGUCAUUACAGAUGGAAGACACGCAGAAGUAGAAUUCACAACUGACUGGCAGAAAGAUGCUGAGCGGAGAGAUCUCACCAUCAACUCAAUGUUUUUAGGUUUUGAUGGUACACUUUUUGACUACUUUAAUGGCUAUGAAGAUUUGAAAAAUAAGAAAGUUAGAUUUGUUGGAGACCCUAAAGAGAGAAUUCAAGAGGAUUAUCUUCGGAUUUUGAGAUAUUUCAGGUUUUAUGGAAGAAUUGCAGAUAGACCUGGUACCCAUGAUUCAAAGACCUUGGAAGCAAUUAAAGAAAAUGCAAAAGGUUUGGCUGGAAUUUCCGGAGAGAGGAUUUGGGUAGAACUGAAAAAAAUUCUUGUUGGCAACCAUGCCAAUCAUUUGGUUCAUCUUAUGUAUGAUCUUGAUGUGGCUCAUUACAUUGGUUUGCCUGCUGCUGGGAGUUUAGAAGAGUUUAAUACAGUCAGUAAAAAUGCUGAGACUCUUUCUCCAAAGCCAAUGACUCUUUUGGCCUCAUUAUUCAAAGUACAGGAUGAUGUUAAAAACCUUGAUUUGAGAUUGAAGAUUGCAAAAGAAGAAAAAAAUCUUGGCUUAUUUAUUGUGAAACAUAGAAAAGAUUUAAUUAAAGCUGCUGAUAGCUCAGAACCACUAAAGCCAUAUCAAGAUUUUGUUUUAGAUUCUAGGGAACCUGAUACACUUGGUCGAAUUUGUGAACUACUCAAAUAUCAAGGAGAGGCGGAUCUUCUCAAGGAAAUGCAACAGUGGUCUAUCCCUCCAUUUCCUGUCAGUGGCCAUGAUGUGAGAAAAGUUGGUAUUUCUUCAGGAAAAGAAAUUGGGUUAAUAUUACAGCAGCUGCGAGAACAGUGGAAGAAGAGUGGCUACCAGAUGGACAAGGAGGAACUUCUAAGCUUCAUAAAGAAAGCCUGAACAUGGUUGGAGAUUCUACCUGGAUGAUCUCUGAAGUCCCUUCUGGCUUUGUGAAACACAAGAAAUCUUUGACCAAGAUGGAAGGGUUGGGGCUAAAAAGUAACAACCUUGAUGAAAACAUGAGGGAAGAGGAAAGUGAAUAAGCCUUAGAAGAAAAGGCCAUUCCAGAACUUGGGAAGAGAAUGAAGCUUUUCAUUUUUAAAUUUCAUUCACAAAUAUCAAAGCUUACUUAAUGGGACUGUUCCAGUCAUUGAAUAGGCAGUGCCUAUCUUUUGUUU